CGUGAGAGAGCCGUUAAAUCUACGUUGCGCGUGCCUUGCUCGAGUAGCUAACUAUCAACAGCAAUAAAACACGAAACAUUAAAAAUUGUCUGCAGUUCGUUACAUUUCCAAGAUGUCUGACCAUAUGUCGAGUGUGCAAUCAUGUGAGGACUUCAGUCGUGAGAGGUUACAACUAAAUCAACACUUGGAGAAGAUGACUGAACAAAUGGAGAAUGCUUCAGUUAAGUUGUCCUGGAUGGCCUAUGAUAUGGUUGUGCUACGGACCAGUCCAGAUCUUGCAGAAUCCUUCAAGUGCCUGGAGAAUGAGUUCCUUAAGUGCAAAGCUGUUAUUUGUGGUCCCACAGAUGGACAAGAUAAAAAAACUCAUCCAGCUUCUGAAGAACCUAAUAUUCCCCAAGAAAAAAGUUAGAGUUUCAGUAUAAAACAGAGGCCUCUAAUAGGAAGUUGUUAAUGGUGUUAAAACUAAUGGAGUUAAAUCUGCCAGAGUUGUUUGGUGCCACCAUAUAGGCUUUUUGUAAUUUAACAUGAUUUGAUUCCCUCAUACAAAUAAAUACAAAUAUCAACAAAGCAGACAUCCUUAUUGUGAAUCUGAUUAAUGCAAUUCAUUAAAAUGCAAAAAAGGGGAUCUGAAUGGUUUUCUCAUUACAUCAUUUUGUAUGCAGAUUUCU